AUGAAGUUCGGUCAAGAUUUCCAAGCAGCCUUGCGGCGAGAGGAGUUCCCUAGAGAGUGGAUCGACUCCGCAAUAUCUUACAAGAAGCUCAAAAAAUGCAUUAAACGAGUGCAGAACGAGCUUUUGAGCCUUGGACUCGAUCAGGAGACUCUCAAUGCUCUGUGGCAACAUGUCAAUACCCAGGGCGAGCUCGCAGAAGGGGACACCAGUGCCCACCGAAUGCUGCGAUAUACCAUCAAUGGCAGUGAGCAAGUCAAGUUUACGCCAAAACUGACCGUGGCUAUCGACCCGCGGGAUGGCUCACCAAUGGACGCUUGGCUAAGUCCGGAGACACGCCGUCACCUCAGGCGUUUCUCGCGAAACUCGAGACCAAGUAUCAGCGAAGAGUCGAGCCAAGAAGCACCUAAAAGGAGGCGCACAGUUUGCGAACGGCAGAAGGACCAAGACCUAUCGAAUGCUAGCCUGCCGCAAGCACAGGAUGCCACAGCCGCUGACACCGAAACAGGGGACACCGCUGAAGCAUCGGCAAAUGAGCCCGAUGCCGAGCCAGAAGAUGUAGAGACGAUUGAGAUCCCUCUAACAUCAGAUUCUGAAUUCUUUCAGAUCCUCCGGCGAGAGUUGAAGACUCUUGAAGAUCUACAGGCCAAGGAGCAACGAGAUAUCAGCGGACAGAUUACGUUGCUGGCCACUGAACUGCAGAACCUGAAGCUUUCGAAGAAGAAACGGUCGAAGCAAGAGGUCGAGGCAUGGCGCAAACUCUUUGAACUUUACACCGACUCUGAAAUAUUUCGCUCGUCCCACGAAAUCGAUGCUGGCGCACGAGAUGUCUCUCUCGCUCAAGCUCAGCUGAAAAACUUCACCAAAUCGGUGGUCGACCAGCGCGUAAAGCGGCUCUUGACAACAAAAGAGGGCAAUGCAGCCAUGGAUCGCUUUCUGAAGAUCAACGUGGACCUCUUGCGACUGAUGAGAUUCCAGGAAAUGAACCGACUUGCACUCACCAAGAUCAUGAAGAAAUUCGACAAGCGGACCGCUCUACAUGCCCGUGCAGCUGUCCCUGACUCCCUAAAAAACGGUUCAGCCGUUUCACAGGACUUGGCGAAGGCGACGUGCUACACUAUCGCCAAUGAGCUGUUGAGCGUGAUUCCCCAGAUCAACGACUACCUGUGUCCGAUCUGCUUCAGCAUUACUUACAAACCGGUGCGGCUAGCAUGCAACCAUAUCUUUUGCAUACGCUGUUUGAUCAUCAUGCAGCGGGAGGAACAAGGCCACUGUCCCUUGUGUCGGGAGGAAUGCGUCAUGCAAGCUAACAGCGACAACGUCGAUGCGGAAUUGAUGAAGUUUCUCGAGAAGAACUUCAAGGCCGAGGUCAAGGAGAAGCAGAGAGCCAAUGAGCUAGCGGCUGCGCUUGAUCGAUUCGGCGAGCCGUAUCUCGAGUCGCCGAAGUGUGCCGUCAUGUAG